AUGUCGAAUCGUCAGCGGCCUAGCAAACAUUCAGACGAGGCGCUUCAGCGCCAGUCUGAAAGUAUAGCGCGCUCAACGCGAAUCCCUAUUUCAUUGCAACAAUCAACACCUACUGACACGUUGGGUAUGCGUCCUCCUAAAUCGUUGUCCAAAAUUAAGGACAAAAAGCUACGAUCAGAAUUAUCGCGGCAAUAUAUCUCUCGCAAGCGCGCGGAAAGGCAUGCAAAGCUUGCGAGUGAGUACCUGCAUGGUGGCGUGUCGGGUGAAGAUGCUGGUAUGAUUGAAACAGAAAAUGAUAUGGAGCGCACUGCUCGCGUAACGCAGGCUCAAAUUCAGGACGAGGUGGGUGUUGACACUGCCCGCAAGUCGUUUGAAUUGAAACUUGGUGGUAAGGGCACACCUAGCCUCGGACCUUACCGUUGCGACUACACGCGCAAUGGCCGCCACUUACUUCUGGGUGGACGCAAAGGGCACCUGGCUGCCUUUGAUUGGCAAAGCGGUAAACUCUCUUGUGAGAUUCAAGUGCGUGAGACCGUCCGUGAUGUGCGCUGGCUACAUGAUAAUACUUUUUUUGCAGCGGCUCAGAAAAAGUAUACUUACAUUUAUGACCAGAACGGCAUCGAAAUCCAUCGUCUUAAGGACCAUAUUGAAGUGCAGCGAAUGGAGUUUUUGCCGUAUCAUUUCUUACUGGCUACCAUUGGUAAACCAGGAUACCUGAAGUAUCAAGAUACCUCGACAGGCGUAAUGGUUGCGUCGCACCGGACAGGCCUGGGCUCGUGCGCCACUAUGGCACAAAAUCCACUGACUGCUGUAAUCAACCUGGGGCAUGCAAAUGGUACGGUGACCAUGUGGACGCCCAACUUGUCUACGCCCGCCUUGAAAAUGUUGGCCCAUCAUGGUCCUGUGAUGGGUCUUUCUGUGGAUGCCCAUCGAAACGGGCGAGAGAUGGCUACUAGCGGCCUUGAUGGUACGAUCAAAGUGUGGGACACGCGUAUGCUAGGCCGCGGUCCACGCCGUGAGUGGGUAUCGCGACGCGCUGCCUCUGAUGUCCAGUAUUCCCAGCGAGGUCUGCUGGGUGUGGCUUGGGGCAAUCAUAUAAGCUUGUACAAUACUGAGGCUGAGUUGGGGAACGCCCCUCCUGGGCCGUAUUUGACUCAUGGCAUACCACAGUGCGCACCUCUGCAACUUCGUUUCUGUCCAUUUGAAGAUGUGCUGGGAGUGGGUCAUGCCAAUGGCUUCUCGAGCUUGCUGGUUCCCGGCGCAGGUGAACCUAACUUUGACACGAGUGAGGCCGACCCGUACGAGACGAAGAAUCGGCGCCGCGAACGCGAAGUUCACAGCUUGCUGGACAAGAUCCAGCCGGAUAUGAUCACUCUCAAUCCUGACUCGAUGGGCCAGCUUGAUACACGUGCAUCGCGCGAUGCACAGACAGUUGCCGCUUCUAUUUCUCACCCCAACUCGGUACCCAGGGCUGCCGAUGGCACACCUUAUUCGCGCCUGUCUCGAGCACAGCGCCUCAAACUUGAUGGUGCUCUAGAUGAGGAAGCCUCCCCACUUGUGGAGGAGGACGAAAACGACGAUGCGACGCCUGCAACGGCAGCAAAGGGUGCUAAGAAGGAGAAAAACAAGGCCCGGGGUCGCAAUAGUGCGAUGAAGAAAUACUUGCGCAAGAAACGCCAGAACGUGGUGGAUGCCAAUACAAUUGCGUUGCGUGAAAAGUACCAGCGCGAGAAGGCCAGGCGCCGCCAGGAACAAGCGCCGCCUGCGCCGCCCAAAGAGCCCAGUGCCUUGGAUGUGUUUGCUCGAGUCAAGGGUCCUCGCAGUUAG